AUGGCCAGCCAGUCACAAGGAAUACAGCAGCUUCUCCAUGCUGAGAAACGAGCUGCAGAGAAGGUUGCUGAGGCCAGGAAACGGAAGGCCCGGAGGCUGAGGCAAGCUAAGGAGGAAGCGCAGGGUGAGAUUGAACAGUACCGUCUGGAGAGAGAAAAGGACUUCAGACAUAAGCAAGAAGCGGUUAUGGGGUCCCAAGGUAACUUGGCAACGGAAGUCGAGCAACAGACACGUCAGAAGAUCCAGGCAAUGCAGGCCAACCAUCAUCGCAACAAAGAGAAGGUUCUUCGCCAACUGUUGAUGCUAGUGUGUGACAUCAAGCCUGAAAUUCACCACAAUUAUCGUAUUAAGAUGUAGGCGAGCAUCAAACAUGACAAUCCACCACUGCACCAUCACCAGGACCUCACCAAUAACAGCUACCCGCUCGUCAAAUAAAUCAAAGUCCUUCUGGGCUAAGUCGUGAUCAACUGGAGCAUUACUUCCCCUCAUUUAUCUUGUACCCCUUGUAUGUUAUAAAUCAUUGUGUCCCUUCCAGUUUCCCAUGGUAACAAUUCAGAAUAUAUAAAGUUAUGUAAAAUGUGCUGCAUGUUCAGAGCCAGAAAAACAUUUGUCACCACUGUUAGAUCCAACAUUAUGUAAGUUCAUUCAGUUUCCUAUGUCCAAUUUUUGAGAAUUAUGGAAGAUUGUUGCUAAAUUGCGGAAUUUUCCCCUCAUAUCUUGCAGAGAAAUUGCAGAUACCGAUCCUCCAGCACCAAAUAACAUUAUUACAUUAUUUUUAAAUCGCUUAUUAUCACCCUCUUCUCAAUUUACAGAGCUAUUCCUCAUUCUCUCACCCGCAUAUCACACUGUCACUCUUAGAGUCAUAGAGACCAUUUGGCCCAUCGAGUCCAUGCCUAGGUCCUGCUGGUACCAUUCUUCCCUGUCCCAGUUCACAUUGGCACGUUUCCCACAUCCCUAUCUGGUUUAUAUUGCAACUUUUCUCUUUGAUCGAUGACCUGAAGCCCACCUUCAGACUUUCCCUUCUCUCCCGAGGCACAGCUGAGGUUAAUAACUCAGCAUGUGAAGUAUUGCAGGUGCAAUAACGUUCUGUGAUGCAGUUCCAUACAGCUACGCAGUACAAACCUGUUCUAAUAAUUCGACUAUUUGAUGAUUUUAAACCAUGAAUAUGAUUUCAUACUAGACUCCAUAAAUACCAAUAUAACUACAGGUGGCCAAGAUCAUUCAAUUUUGCCUCACAACAAAAUCCAAUCAACUUACCAUAUAUACUUACAAACCCAAAACUAACAAGAAAUCUCCACAUUUGUUAUAAUUAAUUCCUUACAUUCAUAAUUAAUAUACUUACA